GGCCACUUCUGUUAUUCAUUAUUACCAGAAAUUGACCUGAAUCACAAAGCCAAAAAAAAAAAACCCUAAACGCAUCUUCUUCUUCUUCUUCUCUCUUUCAAAGAUCAAGAGAUCGCUUCAUACAGUUUCCAUCUUCCAAGAUUUUCCUCGGCAGCUUCAGAUGGUGAUUCCACCGGCAGUGAGACCACCACGUCUCUUCGACUACCUCAAACCUUACGUGCUGAAAAUGCAUUUCACAAACAAGUUUGUUCACGCACAAGUCAUCCACUCACCAACAGCUACAGUGGCUUGCUCAGCGAGCUCACAGGAGAAAGCAUUGAGGGAAACCAUGGACAUCACGCGCGACGUUGCUGCUGCUGCAAAGAUUGGUAAAAUUCUUGGAGAAAGACUCUUGAUGAAAGAUAUUCCCGCUGUUACUAUUCAGAUGAAGAGAGAACAGAGGUAUCAUGGUAAAGUCAAGGCUGUUAUCGAUUCUGUAAGAGAAGCUGGCGUGAAGUUGCUUUGAAGAUUAUUCAAUCAUCCGAAUCAAUUUCAUCUUGUUAACUGUCAACAUUGUCGUUUCUUUUUCCGGUUAAUCGGACAGAUUAUUGGUGACACAUUUAAAGCCUUGCUUUUUAAUCCAUAUCUCUUCUUAAGGAGGAAAAAAAGUUCACAAUAUAAUGAAUGUUAUAAGCUUUGACUAUAUUGAAGUAAAA